AUAAAAUAAAAUAAUACAGGAUCAGCGACAAGUUAGGGUUUUUAUUCACAUUUGCACAGCAGACAUUUUUAUUCCUUGAAAAUCCAUUUUCAGUGUCUUCACUCCUCUGUAAUAUUCCAAUAAUCAGCACCAAUAAUUCAAACAUUUAUUGGUGAUUAUCAAGCUAGCAAAGGAUAGUACUGUUAUCAGCACUUCCUGGAUGUGGUAUUUUCUUGCAUCCGUAUAGUUCAGCUUUGUCUGAGUACCUUGGUGACCUAAUCAUGCCAUGCUUGUACGCUUUUCACGGAAUUGUUGUAUAUAAUUGGUAUUUGCACAUAAAAGGAGCAUUUGAUAAGGACAUGUGAAGUAGUCCGAAGCAGCGAGAAAGAAAUUCACUCUCGUGGUGCUAGAUACUGGUAGAAAUGGAAGAGCUACUAGAAUUACCUCUUUUACAUUGAAAAUUGAGAACUGAAAAGCAUCGCUAAAUUGGGGUCCCUUUGUUGUGUGGCGGAAACUGAAUGGAGUAGUUACAAGAGUUACCCCUUUAUUUUGAAAAUUGAGAAUUGAUAGAAGCAAGCACCAACAUAAUACUUGUGAGUCUUGUAAAACAUAGCUAAGACGGGGUCCCUUUGUUGUGUGGCUGCAAGGCCACAUGGGUCCACUGCAGCUAGCGGAGAAUGGUCCAUGGGGCCACAGGAGCCAUACUGGCGAACUAAUUCAAGCUUCUCGCCGGCACCAUCCAGAUGGGAUUUCCGCUUCCAACCUGAAGCAUUAUCUUUUGGCUCUAAUGAUGGAGCUCAAUUGUAUGGAUCUUCUGCUUCGUCAAACAGUAGAGAGAGUAGAAGUUGGGUGAGGGGAAACCAAUUGGCCAAUCACCAAUAUCUCAUAUCAGAUGGUGUUGGUGCAUACUAUAGCAGUCCAUCGGACAUCUCUCCGGCACAACAGUGGACUCCACCAGCUAUCCAAGAAAUCAACGUUGAUGAUUAUGACACUUCAAGGAGAGAUGAAAUCACGAGGCCAUUUUCAUUUUCACCCACAAUGGAGGUAACAUCAAUUGCGAGGGAUAGCAGAGGCUCAACUUCAUCCCGAUCUGACAGUAGUGACUGUGAUUCAAUCACCAAGUCCCAUUCAUCUUAUCGUAGCUUCCCAAGUCGCCGUUUCUUUAUGUCUAAACCCAUACAUCCUCUGUCAUUUCCAACUGAUACAUCAACACCUAGAAGAGAAGCUAUUGACAGCCUGUCAGCUGGUUUUUUAGAACUUGAUGCCUCAACGCCACAACGAGAUAAACACCGGUUGAGUAGUGCUAGUGGCAGUCUUGACCUCACAGAGGCUUCUGAAUCUUUUCAAUCUGACUUCUUAAGUAAAGCUUGUAACCCUUCAGAUGGUUUCAGGUGUGGGUUGUGUGAGAGGUUUCUUUCUCAAAGAUCACCUUGGAGUUCCCGACGAAUUGUGAGAAGUGGAGAUAUGCCAGUUGCUGGGGUCCUUUCAUGUCGCCAUGUAUUUCAUGCUGAAUGUUUGGAGCAAGCUACACCAAAAUCAUGUAAAAGUGAUCCUCCAUGCCCCCUUUGUGCCAAGCUUGAAGAGGGUUCUUCUUCUCCAGAGCAGCGAGUUUUUUCCAAGUUCUUUCCUAGGCUUAAAACUUUCAGUGAAGAAGGUCCAUCCAAGCCUUGGGGCUGUGCACAUUCUGGAGAUUGUGUCGAAGGGGCUUUGCAAGCACAAUCUCAUGGCACUAUGCUCUCUCUAAACAAGAACCGGAUUAGGAAAAAUCUUUCUUUGAAGGGUAAUUCUGGCAAGGAAUUUCCAGGGAAGUUAAUAAAAACUAAUACAUUUUCAUCACAGCUAUUUAUUGGUUCAGUUGAUCAUGCAAUGGUGGGAUCUUCAAAAGCAUCAGCUGGUUCGGGGCUGAAGUAACAACAAUGGAGUUUUGUAUAUAAAUUGCAGGCUGAUUUCCGUGACUUUUGGUCGUUGGUCUCCUAAUCAUCUUAAGCUGUUCCUGUUUAUUGAAUUAGAAUCUUUAGUGGCUUAAUCAUGUUGUAAAAUGUAAUGUAGCUGAAAUUGGAUAUGUACUUAGAAGGCUUCAAACAAAUUGCAUCUUUGUGUAUGUUUAAAACUGAUCUUGAUCAUUGAACAAGAAUGUGUAUUCCCUACUAUGAUGGAAAUCAUGAUUUGCAAGUCGUAGGCAUCGAA